AGCAGCAAGAAAACACACUAGCAUAGCAGUAAUAGCAUAGCACAUAAUGCCAACAAACACAAAUUCAUGUAGCCUGUUAGCCAUGUAGCUAGGCAACGAAGUGUUAAAAAACGGAAUAAAUUGACGGCACAGACACCAAUUGGAGGAAUAGAUACAGAAACGAAGUAAAACAGCGAGGAAAGAUGCAAGCUGGUGACCCUGUUGUUGGUGCACCGAUGGCAGUAGCUGGUGCCCAAAGCCGGUCAGAGGAUGAAGAGCCACUUGGAGUAAAAGAUGUAAAAAGGACAGCAACUCAGGCAUUUGGCAGUGGGGUUCCCAAGCGCAGGAGUUCCUCAAGGUCAAUAAAGAGGAAGAAGUUUGACGAUGAGCUAGUUGAAAGCAGUCUUGUGAAGUCGUCCAGUCGAGUCAAAGGCCCUCCUGUCAUAGAGCCUGUCCGCUGUUCAGGGAGUGAACCUUCAUCCAGCGAGAAAAAAAAGGUGACUAAGUCAGGAACAGCUCUCACACCACCUCUCACUAUGGUAAUGAACCCUGCACCAAUCACUAAAAGAGUAAAGAAGAGCAAGCAACCCCUUCAUAUAACUAAAGACCUGGGACGAUGGAAACCCACUGAUGACCUGCUACUAAUAAAUGCAGUAUUGCAGACCACAGACCUAACCUCUGUUCAUCUGGGAGUCAAGUUCAGCUGUCGUUUCACAUUACGGGAAAUCAAAGAGAGGUGGUAUUCUCUCCUCUACGAUCCUGUCAUCUCAAAGUUGGCAUGGCAGGCCAUGCGUCAGCUUCACCCGGAAGCCAUUGCAGCAAUCCAAAGCAAAGCUCUCUUCAGCCAAGCUGAGGAGGCGCUGCUGGCUAAGAUUGGUUCUACCAGUCAGCCCAAACUGGAUGUGUUCCAGGAGCUUCUGAGCAAACACCCCUGUGUCUUUCACCCGUCUCGCAGCCCCAAGAGCCUGCUGGUGCACUGGCAGCUGCUAAAGCAAUACUACCUAUUGGACGACCAGAGUGUCCAGCCUCUCCCUAAAGGUGACCAGGUCCUUAACUUCUCUGAUGCCGAGCAGAUGGUCGAUGAUGUUAAACUAAAUGAGAGCAGAGAUGAGGUGUUGGAACAUGAGCUGAUGAUUUCUGAUCGUCACCAGAAGAGGGAGAUCCGACAAUUAGAGCAGGAGUUGCCUCGUUGGCAGGUCCUCGUAGACAGUAUCACAGGGAUGAGCAUGCCCGACUUCGACAACCAGACACUGGCAGCAUUACGAGGAAGAAUGGUUCGCUACCUCAUGAGGUCGAGAGAGAUCACAUUGGGCAGGGCGACCAAGGACAAACCUAUAGAUGUAGAUCUAUCACUGGAGGGACCAGCCUGGAAAAUAUCCAGGAAACAAGGAAUUAUCAAACUGAAGAAUAACGGAGACUUCUUCAUCGCUAACGAGGGAAGACGACCAAUCUACAUAGACGGCAGACCGGUCCUGUCAGGCAACAAGUGGAAACUUAACAACAACUCAGUGGUGGAGAUUGCAGGUCUUCGCUUUGUGUUUCUGAUUAACCUGGAGCUCAUCUCGCUCAUUAAAGCGGAAGCAGCAAAGAUGACACAGCAGUGAACGUUGGCCUGCAAGCUGAGAAAUAAACAUACAGGACUUACUGCACCCAGCCAGUGCUUCUGUGUCCGACACUGGAUAUCAGCUUUUCUCAUGGACAACAGUAGUGCUACCAAGAAUCUGACCAACAACAGACAUUUUUAUCUGAAAUGUCAAUCUUUGCAGACUAUGGCUUAUCUCCGGAGCUAGAUGAUAACAGGUUUUACUCACCUCAACAUUUCCCACGUUGUAAUUGAGACACUCUCUUCAUAAAGCCUUGUUUUUUUUUCAAUUUUGCAUAAUAUUGUAUUUAAAUUCUGUAGGAAAGCUUUAAAAAGUAUUAAACUUCAAUACACAGGA